UCUUUGUUAUGGCAGACGUACACACGUAAUGGAAUUAUAAAUAGUGAAAUUUAGAUUUCAAAUAUAGUAGAUUGUCGUAGCUCUACCGUCGAAUACUCCAUUUUAGUGUUUUGUUGUUAAUUAUAAUUUUAAAAUGAUCAAAUCGGAUCACAGAAGACACAGAGAUAGAGGCGAAAGAGACAGAGAUAGAGGCGAAAGAGACAGAGAUAGAGGCAAAAGAGACAGAGAUAGAGGCGAAAGAGACAGAGAUAGAGACGAAAGAGACAUCAACAGAGCUCCAGUAACAAACAAGAGGCCAAGAACUGACGAUGGGGAGGAUAAUUUCAUGACGAAGACAGGCGGGGCCUACAUUCCCCCAGCCAAACUGAAGAUGAUGCAAGCCCAGAUUACUGAUAAAUCUAGUGCACAAUACCAGAGGAUCGCAUGGGAGGCGUUAAAGAAAAGCAUACACGGGCUGAUCAACAAAGUGACUGCGGCCAACAUCAUCGAGAUUAGUGAAGAGCUGUUCCAGGAGAAUAUUGUCAGAGGGAGGGGUCUGUUAGUGAGAUCGUUGAUGCAGGCACAGUCGUCUUCACUGAUGUUCACACACGUGUAUGCAGCUCUCGUCGCCAUUGUUAACACUAAGUUUCCACAAAUCGGAGAGUUGUUGAUGAAAAGGUUGAUAGCUCAGUUCAGGAGAGGUUUCAGACGAAACAACAAGACAAUCUGCCUGGCCUGUGUUCGCUUCCUUGCUCAUCUGGUCAACCAACAAGUGGCCCAUGAAAUAAUUGCCCUUGAACUUGUGACCCUUCUACUUGAGAAACCAACUGACGACUCUGUAGAGGUGGCCGUGGGAUUCCUCAAAGAGUGUGGUCAGAAACUCAUAAAACUAUCGCCCAAGGGCAGUCAGGCCGUGUUCGACCGGCUGCGAACAAUUUUAAACGAGGCCUCCAUUGAUCUGAGAGUUCUCUACAUGAUUGAAGUUAUGUUCGCCAUUCGAAAAGAUGGAUUCAAGGACCAUCCUUCAGUUAUAUCCGACCUUGACCUGAUCCAAGAGGACGAUCAGUUCACUCACAUGCUGACGCUAGAAGAUGAUGUCGAUCAAGAAGAACACCUGAAUAUUUUCAGAUUCGACCCAGAUUAUGAAGAAAAUGAGCAGAAGUACCAAGAAAUUAAAAAGGAAUUGCUAGGAGAGGGUUCGAACGCAGGUGAAGAUGAUGAGGAUGAUGACGAUGAGGAGGAAGAGGAAGGUGGGGGUGAUGACGAGGAGGAUGGAGAGAAAAACGAAGAGAAGCAGCUGAUCCUAGACAACACAGAAACAAAUUUAGUGUCUUUGAGACGGACGAUCUACCUGACCAUUCAAUCGAGUCUGGAUUUUGAGGAAUGCGCUCAUAAGUUACUCAAAAUUCAGUGGAAACCUGGCCAGGAGACCGAACUAUGCAACAUGAUAAUGGAUUGCUGUGCCCAGCAGAGAACCUACGAAAAAUUUUACGGCCUCCUAGCCCAAAGAUUCUGCAUGAUAGACAGGAAGUACGUCGAGCCGAAUCAGACCAUCUUCAAGGAGCAGUAUGACACCAUACAUAGAUUAGAGACUAAUAAAUUGAGGAAUGUUGCUAAGUUCUUUGCUCAUCUACUUCAUACUGAUGCCAUUUCUUGGGAGGUGCUGUCUUCUAUAAAAUUGAAUGAAGAUGAUACAACAUCUUCGAGUAGGAUUUUCAUUAAAAUCCUCUUCCAAGAGCUUGCUGAGUACAUGGGCCUCACUAAACUCAACAACAGACUCAAAGACAGCACUCUCCAGCCAUACUUUGAAGGCAUCUUUCCGCGUGAUAGCCCUAGAAAUACUCGGUUCUCCAUUAACUUUUUCACCUCUAUUGGCCUCGGCGGAUUAACAGAUGAUCUAAGAAACCACUUGAAGGCGGUUACGGCAGCCAAUCAGAAAGCAGCUACCAAUCAAAGAGUUCGGAAAACAUCGUCGUCAUCAUCAUCUUCAUCAUCGUCAGAUGAUGAUUAAUAAACGAUUUUGUAUCAUAUUCAUCGCGUUUCAUCAUAAUUUUUUGUAUCAGAAUUGCGAGCUAAAUCGUUCACUACCAUCCAUGUUUGUUCGUGGUUUUGUGAACGGUAAAUUGCCAUUUGGUACUUCUUUGAAAUGAACUGGACGAGCUGAGACAGUGGAUUGUGAUAUUGUCUUGUCUUGUUUAAUAAUAAUGUCAUUGAACUUUUAUUUUCAAUUUUAACAGUUAUUACAUUUAAGUGUUAAUUACUUAAUAAAUAAACAUUCAAGUCAGCUCUCCUGGCUCAUUAUCUUAAUUGUCAGGAGAUAAUGAGUUAAAGUGUUUGGUUGCCGUUACAAUAUAGAAUAUAAUGAUGCUAAUCUACGUGAGAACAUAUCAUUAGAUGUUCCAAGAACAAUGACUUCCUAUUAUUCAUAUAACUAAAUAAACAUCAAAAAUCAAAUAUAUAUAUAUAAAUAUAUAUAUAUAUAUUCCAAGUAUUAUUAAUAAAUAUAUAAAAUAAAUCUCGAAAUUAAUCAUUUUCCCGUAAUAAUUCUGAAGAAAUAACUAGUUGAGAUUGGCGCUAUAAGACCGAUUCGAUAGCGGAAAAUAUGCCAUUUAGCGUUCCCCAGUACCAAUCCGCCUUGUUCUUCAUCAGAAAAAUUUUCAACUUCGGCUUGGCGUCGUUCAAUGUUUUUUUCAUGAGUGGCACUUUUAUCGAGGCUAUCAUUUUGAUAUCGGGAUUGAACAGCAUCGCUUGUUUCAGCCUCUUCUCUGGAUAUUUGGAACAGUUAAUUUUAACUCUAAACUUCGUGUACUUGCUGAUGGCUAGGUUUCCGCUAGGAAUGUCCGAAAAGAGAUAAAUGUAGCCUGGUUCGUCUUUUGCAGUUGGUGUCGCGACUUCCUCAUUGUCGCUGUUGUAAUUGAUCAUGGGUGUGAGGUCCUCCGCUGUGUAGUUGUGGAUGAAAGGUUGAUAGUGGGCUGACGUCGUUACCGGUGAUGGUGGCCGUUCAGCUUCUUCGCUUUCGUUUGCCACUGAAGCUGCUGCGUCUGGUUUUAAAGAAGAUGAUGUUGCUGGUGGUAGCGACAAGGAAGAGGAUGGAGAAGUUGUUGUUUUGGUCGUUGUGGCAGUGGAUGAAGCUAGUGUUGACGUGGUACUUGGGUUCUGAGCUUUUGUUGUUGCUAAAGUUCUGGACGGAGUUGAUGCUGUGGUUUUUGAGAUUGCCGUUGAAGGACUGCUAAUGGUUGAUGUCGUUGCAGUGAAUGUCUUUGUUGCAGUUGAUGCAGUCGUCGUUUUGGUUGCCAAUGAGGUUGUUGAGCUCGAAAAAGUGUUGCUUGAUCUACUGAAUGAUUUCGCGGUUGGCGAUGUUGGUACGGAAUCUGUUUUUGUCGCUGUUUGUGUCACUGUAGCUGUAGGAGUUGCUUUUGAAACUAUUUGCUUCUGCGUUAGUGAUGAACCUGUAAGGAGUUUCGAAGCAGCUUGUUUAUCAUUCGGGGUGCCUUGGUCUGUUGUCAAAUCAGUGGAUUGACUCUUGUUCAAUGAACUUGCAACCGACUCUCUAAUUCGGUUGAGCUGUGAUGUGGAGCUACUCAGUUUUGAAGUUGGUGAUGAUAUUGGUGAUAAGGUCGGGGAUGAUAUCGGAGAUGACAGUGAUGAGGUUUGCAACGGUGACAGCGACGAUGAUGAAAGCGAACUUGCACUGAUUUUCAGCUGUUUGGCGUCAACACCAGAUUCUGGAGAUUUGGGGACAGACGAUUCAUUCACUAAAACACUCGGCAGUUUUUUACUAUCCACUUUUUUACCGUUUAUAACCGCAGAGUUUGUGUUGUUUCUGAUGGCGGUUUCCGAACAUUUUGCAUUUCCUGCUGUCUUUUCCUCUUCGAC